GGAGUCGGAACACCCUGCGGCGCCCUGACCCGGCGGGCCGGAGGCGCCAUCUUCUCGGCAGGACCCCGGCUCCGGGGCGUUGCGGAAGGCGCCAUCUUCUCGCUGGGCGGGCUAAGAUGGGCCCUCGCCCGCGGCCCGCCCGCGCGUGCCGCCCCUUCCCCGUCUUGCACAAGCACCGUGUGGGAAGAAGCUUGGGAUAGCUGCAUGUCUGCAGAAGUUGUUGCUGCUGUUGAUGUGAACACUCUUGCCAAUGAGGUUUAUAAACACAAUUUUCCCGGCACACCACUAUGGGCAAAAACAAUUGAGGGCAUAACAUUGAAAGAAUUUGACAGAUUAUCUUUUGAUAUGGUUUUGAUGAGUCCUCCCUGUCAGCCAUUUACAAGAAUUGGUCUGCAGGGUGAUGUUUCUGAUCCACGAACAAAGAGUUUUCUCUAUAUCCUUGAUAUUCUCCCAAGACUCCAGAAGCUUCCAAAAUACAUACUCUUAGAAAAUGUUAAAGGAUUUGAAUCUUCUUCUGCAAGAAAUGAACUUUUGCAAACACUAGAAACAUGCGGAUUUAAAUAUCAAGAAUUUCUCUUGUCUCCAACCUGUCUUGGCAUUCCUAACUCUAGACUGCGAUAUUUUCUAAUUGCAAAGUUUCACCCAACGCUGUUUUCCUUUCAAGUUCAUGGUGAGAUAUUGACAAGGUUCCCAGAUCAAGAUCUAAAAGACUUAAUAAAGGAUAAAGUUGCUGACAAACUAGAUGAAGCUAAUUAUUCCGUGCUUUCUAAAGAGAAGAAUUUGGAUCGAAGCACUGGUCCUGAUUGCAGCAGCAAGAAGAACUUACCAAAAGGGGCCUUUCUUUUUAAACUUGAAACAACAGAAGAAAUGGAAAGGAAGCAUAGUCAGGACAAUGAUUCCUCUAUUCAGAUGCUAAAAGAUUUCCUGGAAGAGGAUAACGAAGAAAUGAAUCAGUAUUUCUUACCACCAAAGUCCUUAUUACGUUAUGCUUUUUUGUUAGACAUUGUUAAACCUACCUGCCGGAGGUCCACAUGCUUCACAAAAGGGUAUGGACACUAUGUAGAAGGCACAGGCUCAGUUCUUCAGACAGCGCUAGAUGUACAGCUUGAAUCAGUGUUUAAAUGCAUUGAGAUGAUACCAGAAGAAGAGAAGCUUAUGAAACUGUCUACAUUAAAACUGAGGUACUUUACCCCAAGAGAAAUAGCAAAUCUUCAUGGAUUCCCUCCAGAAUUUGGCUUCCCUGACAAAGUAACAAUAAAGCAACGCUACCGUCUUCUGGGAAACAGCCUCAAUGUACACGUGGUAGCAAAAUUGAUCUCCUUUCUACUUGGAUAAUUUAUAAUCUGAAGAGUGUGACUGAUGACAGAAAAUACUUCUGUCUUUAUGAGAAAGCUGAUAGUGGCUGAACAAAAAUCAUAGCUUACAAAAAUAUCUGUCAAGUAUUUUACUGAACAGUUCUCAUGUAUUUUUAAUAUUGUGUUUAUGGUGGAUUUGCACUGUACGUAUGUUUUACUUAAAUGGAUGUUUACAGGAAUUAAUUGCUUUUUUAAGUCUUUUUAUUUUGAAAAAUGAAAAAUAAGGACAUUUACACAUCUCUCAAUGAAAAUGGGUAAAUCUUUUGUAUUUUAUCUUAAACUGUUUUCUCAGUGCACUAUUAAAAAGCCUGUAAAUGUCAAAGAUGUUUUAAUUAAGUGCAGAGACCAAGUUCUAAAUGUAAAAUGUCAUCUUCAUCUGUAAAUGUAAGUGAUCCAUUAAAAGAUUUACUGUAUUCAAAUUCAUAUUUUUAUUUUGUAUAUGAUUUUUAAGGAGACACAAUAUUGUUUUUUGUUUGUCUGAUUCUCUCUAGAUACUUGUAGGUUUCUGGAACCCAACUGUGUCUGGAGGAAUUCAUUUCGGGGCAACUGAAUAAAAAUAUUUGAAGGUUAUCACAA